AUGCCCAUGGCCUCCGCAGUGCUCCUCUUCUGCCUUGUUCUGGCAGUUGUGGGCGAUGUGCGGAAUACUUCGUGUGGUGACCCGACAGCGUUGCUUCAAAAGAAGGUGCGAGGAAAGCCUCCGCAUCUUCAAAGUGAUGUCGAGCAAGAGGACCAAAUGGAGGAGUUCAUCCAGACGGCCUUUCGAAAGCUCGACCUGUUGGAAGCAAGCGAACCUGCGAGCUCUGAGGCCAAGGAAAACAGACGAAGCAAGCCUCGAAAUGAGGAGUUGUUCGAGACUUGCCUGGUGCCCCGGACGUUGGCGCAGACAGCACGGGCGGAUUCGAGGCAGAUGUCCCACGUGGAAGAGACCUGCCCGUCCGGCUUCCCAAUCUUCGACUUAAGCACGGGAAACUACGCUUGUUGCCCCGAAGCCGCCCUCUACUGCGCAGGAUGCUUCCAGCUCGAUGGCAGCAGCUGUGCAAAGUGUUCUCCCGGCUUUGUGGAAGUUGCCGGCGAGGGGCGUUGCGAGGCCUGCGUGGACACUCCAGGCUGGACGAACUUGGACGGCGAGAACUGUAUCCAAGCAGCCUGUAGUGACACCACGUACUAUGGUCUCUCUUCCAACCAAGCUUGUUGCGAGUGCGGUGGUGGACAGCGGGCCGCCACGCCCUUCACCUAUUAUGUUGCGCCGACAGUGCUUUAUGCAACCUCGAUCACUGGUUUCCCAGUUCCACGGACUGCGAUCAACUACACCAUCAAUGAGGACUGCAAGCUCUUGGAGCACGGCCUGGCUAUCGAUGGCGCCACGGGCAGUUUACAGAUCGCUCCGGCGGUUGGCCAGGUGGGCGGCAGCCUCCUCGAGGCUUUCAGCAUUUCUUGCACCAUCAUCGCCCAUCAGACAAGCACUCUGUCGGCAUCCGCGACGCUAACGGUCAUGGCCGAGAAGCGCAUCUCAUACGGACAGUACCCGUUGGUCUUUCUGAAUGCUGCCACCGAACAAAUGCCAGCCGUCAGCAGUUCAUGGGUCUUCGACCAACUGAGCUGCGACCCGGCCGAAUUGACGUCGAGGCUUACCUUGGGCCAGGAUGGAAAGCUCGAGUGGAAAUCCAGAACUGGUCCCGGCGGCGGUAUCACUUGGAACUCGGGCUUUGGCUCAAUUGAUUCGAUGGGAUGCAUCUGUCUGGCCAAUGCCAGCCUGGCUUCAGCGCCCUCCGUGAAGGCAGCUGCAUACUUCGUUGCUGUCUACCCCAGACCGUGGGCUGACAUGGUCUACGAGCGGGGGGCGAAUCAGAGUAGUCCUCUCAAGGCGACAGUCGGGCAGGUGGCACCCGCGCUGCGGCCGAUGCAUACGAGCCGGAGCAUUUUGUUCUUGCUGCCCCCCACUGUUUUCACGGGUAAAUGCUCGAGCAAUGACGGGGGGAAUGUAGCCUUGGACAUCGUGUCCGGCCAGGGAACGUAUGAUGGUUUUGCUUUCUUCGAGCUGGACCUGACGACAGGGUAUGUGCGGCUCGCCCCAUCGGAGGAGCUUGCAAGCGCGAUGCCGAUUGAUACGCACGCCCGAGCCACGCUGAGCAUCUCUUGCCAAAUCUUUGGGCUCUACCAGUACCUGCCCUUUGGUGCUGGCUCUUCUAUCGAAGCAGAACUCUUUCUCAACGCCCAAGACGACACCUGCUUCGUCCCUGUUGCGACCCCGCCCCAUUUCCACGAGGUUUCUGAGACCUCUUCCUCGGCUGCCGAGUGCCGCCAAGCCUGCCGCAGCGACAUCGCUUGCACGUACUACUCCCAUCAGAGCACGAGUUGUUUUCGCUACACGGGUCUUUGCGACUCAAGCUCGAGCCCGAGCUGCAGCCCGGUGCGCGGGCAGCUCUUUGCCCACGUCACGGAUUGUGCUGAGCGGAAAACAUGCAUCGAGCUGAGCUUGUCGAAGCACUUCUUAGCUGGGCGCUACUGCUACUAUGGCGAGAACAGAUAUGAAGGUGGCCUGGUCUUCCUGAAGGAGGGUCUGGGGAACUCGGAGUCUUUUUGGUUACACAGUAGAAGUCGUGGCGAAGACGUGUGGGUUCUGCAGAAGCCUGCCCAAGGCGACUUCUACAAUGCCUCUGCUGCGUACAUGACUUUCUCUGGCGAGGAGAUGGCUACGAUCGACUCAGGCAUAGACCUGAUCGCAGAUGUUUUCAACCAGGGGACCGCCACCUUUGCGGUCACGUACACUGCCGGUGGGUCGGACACCUUGACAGCUGCAGUGGAGCUGCUACGCUGCGAUGCACCCAAUCUGACCCAGAGCGAGGCUGAUGACCGGGCUGAGACAGCCGACGGCGCAGUGGCGGUGAUGGUAGACGACCCGCUGACGGAGAUCCCCUUCGACUACUGGCUGCAUCCCUGCCAUUGUGCCCCACACCUCUGGGGCCAGAACGAUCCCGUGACCGCCGAAGCCUUCGGAGAGAUCCCGGCAGGCAGCAAAAAUGUCUUCCGGCCCAGGCCCUUCCCGAUCCUGACAGGCCAGUUCGCCUGUGGCGUCAAGGCAGAGGACCUCUUGCAAGUCAUCGUGGAGUCCGACGUGCAGGCCGCAGACCUCGAGGAGUGCCAAGCCCAGUGUGCCAAGAAGUCUGAGUGCCGGUACUUCUUUGCCGGCGAGGUGCUGUCGGCCAAGCAGUGCAGGCUCUACAGCAGCUGCGAGUUCCUCUACCGGGAGCUGGGGCUCUCCGGCACCCUUUACUCGUAUCCGAAGGACACAGAGGUUUGUGCCAUCGCUAACCCAGAUGCUUGCUGGCACAUCACACGGCGACGCCAGAACCUCGGGGCGUUCUACUCCAGUGUCGAGCUCUAUUUGCCAGACUGCUUAGACCAGGCCCUUUUCGAACAGUGUGACGAGGCGCUGUUCGUGGGGGGUGUCGGCGUCGAGGUGUGCGAGCUUUGCAAGUUUGCGGUGGUGCCAGCGGAAGGCACUCCGCUGAGACGGGCGCUGAGCAAGUCCCUGUUUCGGAGCAGCUACGCCCAUGGCACGCUGCUCAAGGCAACUUGUUGGUCCGAGCGCUACAGCUCGCUUCCCAGAACCAACUUCGAGCAGAUUUGCGCAAAUGGCAAAUGGCUCGACCGAGAUGGGGCCGACGGCUUGAGCCAGUUCUCAUGCAUCGCCCUUGUCCAGGUCGUUAGCAGCUACUACCAGGACCUCGACUCGCGCAACUGGCAGGAGCUCUAUUUCUUUGAGGGCUUCAAGGUCCACAUCGCCUUGGCUCGAGCGGGAUUCGCAGGUGCAGGCGAGCAGGUGCUGGGCGAUUUCUACGUGAAACAAAAGCCGACGGCCGCGCCACAGGAGCGACAGUUCGUGUCGGCGACAGACGACAGGCAAUGCCUGAGCACGGCAAGCGGCAGCUUAGCUCUUGCUCCGUGUGACGGCUCCUCAGAGCAGCUGCUUGACGGGAACACAGUGGCCAGCCUCUUCUCCGAGUCUUACAACACCAACCAAAGCCGCAAGGUAGAGGGGGCACCAGACGCCACUGCUGCGACCCUUUUCGACGUCUCUGCGAACCUCGACUGUAAUGCCGGCCCUUUUGGCAGCACCCUGAACAGGAUCGAGUUCACAAGGACACAGAUUAUUGGCAGUUGUACCGGCGCAACCACCGGCAAAAAACGGGAGCCGGUGGAAAUCGAGUUGAGUUUUCAGAUCGUGCACAGCCGCUGGCAGAAGUGCAUUGCAGCAGUGCCUUGCCAGCCGGGAUCUCAAGACCUUCCGGACUGCAUCGCCAACGAGUUACAGGAUCAGGCAUUCAAGGCCGUCCUGGAAGGAAAUUUUGCUUUCUAUUUUGGGUUGGUCUCAUUGCGAAAUCGCGGUCAGCGAAUGAAAUACAUCAACCUCGCUACGGAAAACUUUUGCUGCGGUUGGAAGCUUCCGGACACGGGGCCCUAUGACGGCUGGUUGGGCGCCGCUUAUGUGUUCAACGAGAGUCUAAGGGUAGCAGUGCUCUCCUCCAACGAGGGGAAUGGAAUCACCAGCAGCACGGGUUACGACGCCCAGCAGCUACCGUACGACCGCAGUGAGCCUGCCAGUCUCGAGGAGACCUGGUACAAGUCCAGCACACUUCAAGGCAACGACAUCAAUUGCGCUUGUGAUGCUGGAACGCUGAUGCAGGCCUUCAACAAGAGCACCUUGCUGGUCACCUUUCUGUGCGUCGAGACAAUCGACGGGAGCACCUCGCAAAUCGACGUCGACUGUGGCAAGGACCGCGGUCUUCAAGCCAUUCAGGCUGAGAUUGACUCCAAGAGCAGGUGGACAAACUUCCGUUUCCGAUGUUGCCAGAUCACCGCCAACCCCGUGCGCAUGACCAAGUUCGGGUCAGGCCGCGUGCCUCCAGACCCAGCACGGCAAGGGAUAUACGAUGCGGUUGCCCGCAAUGAUUUUGGCCGACCCCUAUACGACGGGAAAGACUGGAGCGGGAGGGCUGUAGGCUUCCUGUAUCAUAAUGCGAACACCGGGCAGUGGUGUGUAUCCGAUUUCGCAACGCCGGAAUGUGUUUCCAGCGAUCUGGUAAAUCCAUUGGACCAGCAGCUGGGCGGGGAGAACUGGCAGGCACCAGCAGUGCCAAAGCAGAUGAAGCCUUUGAGCUUAGAAUGUAAAGAGGCUUAUACAUUGGGGUCAGCUCACCGCGUGCUUGAGCGCAGGUCUUCGGGCCCAGGGCGUAGAGCGAGGGAGAGCGCGGGGGUUUGGCAUGAUGGGGCUUUCAACUUUCGUUAG